AAUUCAAAAUUGUAGUUUUCGAAGAGAAAUUUACGAUCAAACAAAACGAUGUCGGCUAAAAUAACAGACACGUUUGCUGUCGUAAAGAAAUCAGAGGCAGUUAAAAAGAAGACUACUCCAAGAAAGUCUAAAGAUCAGGUUAAAACGAACGCUGAUCAAAAGCCUAAAGUAUAUCCCGCGGCAAAAGAUGUCUCGGAUUUGAAAAUUCUUCGCAAUUUUGAUCUGAGAUGCGAAUUCGGACCAUGUAUAGGAAUCUCGAGAUUAGAGAGAUGGACCAGAGCUGAGACGUAUGAUCUUAAUCCCCCUGAAGAAGUAAAGAAAAUUAUCGAAGAACAUCCAAACGAUGACAAAUUCACACAAUGUUUAUGGUAUGACGAGGAACUCAUAUGAACGAGAUGCUGCAACCUUUUUAAAUUCUGGUUUUACAACAAGUGCAACUUGAUGACAAGCCAGG